UAAACAUGUGAACACACUUAAUAAUAAAAUAAAAUUUAAUAAAUAAUAUUAACUUGUCAAAUCGAACUCUGCAGAUGCGACAUCUUCAUAUACUAACGAUAAUCUGAUGUACUAUUAUAUGAAAUAAUCGAUAUCAAUCGAUUGAAAGUUUAUUAAAACUUCAGAAAUGAAACACGAAAUAAAGUAACAACGAUGAGAUGGUACAGCCGCGCAGAUCAUUUCCAUAAACUGGUACCCAUAGCAGAAGGGAAGGCAAGAAAGUGGUGGAAGUUGUCGAAUAUUACAACCUGGAUGGAGAAUGGUACCAGGUUAGUCUGGUGUUGAUCGCGGCACCGUGAACCACGAUCUUAUUUCUUUCGCGUGUAUUGUGGACAUAAACACGUUAAGGAUUCUCGAUGUCGCAAGUGUGAAACUCAAUACAAGAGGAUAUAAAGACAAUUUUUCAGAAAUGAGCUGUAACUGUCCAUUAACCCCAUCGACUGGACCGACGCUGGCAUCAACAUGCGGUGGUUCAUCCUUUAUGCUAUUCAUGGGUCUUUUAGAAGUAUUUCUUCGUAGUCAGUGUGACCUCGAAGAUCCAUGCAAUAGACCUCUACCACCUCCUACUGUUAAUUCCAGGUAUGAUUUUGUAAUUAUCGGAGGUGGAAGUGCAGGUGCAACAGUUGCAUCACGAUUAUCGGAGGAGCCACGAUUUUCGGUGUUAUUGUUAGAAGCUGGAUUAGACGAACCCACUGGGACGCAGAUACCUUCGUUCUUUUUCAAUUUCAUUGGAACUGACAUCGAUUGGCAAUAUAAUACCGAAAGUGAAGAUACUGCGUGUCUAAAUAAAGAUGAUCGAAAAUGUUACUGGCCCAGGGGGAAAGUUCUGGGUGGAACCAGCGUUAUGAAUGGCAUGAUGUAUAUAAGGGGCUCGCGAAAGGAUUACGACGACUGGGCGAGGCUAGGUAACAUAGGAUGGUCUUAUCAAGAUGUCCUUCCAUAUUUCAUCAGGAGCGAGGAUAAUCUUCAGGCAAACACCAUGGAUUAUGGUUAUCACGGUGUUGGUGGGCCACUCACAGUCACGCAAUUCCCUUAUCAUCCGCCCUUGAGUUAUUCUAUUCUCGAAGCUGGAAAAGAACUCGGUUAUGGUAUCGCGGAUCUAAAUGGACGAACGCACACUGGAUUCGCUAUAGCCCAAACAACUUCCAGAAAUGGUUCACGGCUUUCGACUGCCCGGGCAUUUUUACGACCAGCUAAAAAUCGUCCAAAUCUCCAUAUAAUGCUCAAUUCCACGGCCACUAGAAUACUGUUCGAUAACAAUAAAAGAGCAGUUGGCGUGGAAUUUGUUCACGAUGGAAAAGUCCAUCGAGUCUCUGUGGCGAAAGAAGUAGUCAUAAGUGGAGGUGCCAUUAAUUCACCACAAAUACUUUUGAACAGUGGUAUCGGUCCUCGGGAAGAAUUGAACGCUGUUGGUGUCCCGGUUAUUCAUGAUUUACCUGGUGUAGGUAAAAAUCUUCACAAUCACGUUGCCUAUACACUGGUCUUCACUAUUAAUGAUACUGACACGACUCCCCUUAACUGGGCAACUGCAAUGGAAUAUCUUCUCUUCAGAGAUGGAUUGAUGUCUGGUACAGGUAUUUCUGAGGUAACAGCGAUGAUAAAUACGAAAUACGCGAAUCCAAAGGAGGAUCAUCCGGAUGUUCAGUUGAUUUUUGGUGGAUACCUAGCAGAUUGCGCAGAAACGGGUAUGGUCGGUGAAACGAAGGGUAAUAACCGAACGAUUUACAUCAUUCCAACAUAUCUUCAUCCGAAGAGUCGUGGUUACCUUCGUCUACGAAAUAACGAUCCUCUUUCGAAGCCGUUGAUCUAUCCGAAGUAUUUGAGCCAUCCUGAUGACGUAGCGGGUCUUAUAGAGGCUAUUAAAUUCAGUAUCAGGUUGUCUGAAACUGAGGCUCUCAGCAGAUAUGGAUUUCAAUUAGAUCGUACACCCGUGAAAAAUUGUGAGCACUUAGAAUUCGGUUGCGAUGCUUAUUGGGAAUGCGCUGUAAAGCAUGAUACUGCGCCAGAAAACCAUCAAGCAGGUUCUUGCAAAAUGGGCCCACCGGACGAUCCUCUCGCUGUAGUAGACAAUCAAUUAAGAGUCAGAGGAGUGAGAGGCGUCAGAGUAGCGGAUACUAGUAUCAUGCCAAGGGUCAUUUCCGGUAACACAAAUGCGCCCGCUAUUAUGAUAGGAGAACGCGCCGCAGACUUUAUCAAGAGGACCUGGGUCGGCUGAAAGAAGUUUUUUCAUUAAAAGGAAACUUCCUUUGAAAUAAAAAAUUACACAGAAAGAAAUUUAUAAUUGAUCAUCGAUUUAUGAAAUAUUGAAUUUAAAUGAAAAUUUGAUUUUUAAAAAGAAA